CAUCUUUUGUCCUCCAGACUGCUCUUGCACCUCCCGCCGAUCAUCCCCCACUGCCCCGGCAUGGCUUAAUGCUGACGGUCCUCGCGCGCGCGGCGAACCGACGCUCGCUUGCGACACCUUUUGCUGCCCAUUGGAAGGUCUUGGCUCGAGAAUGAUACUCGUGCACGAUAGCCGAGCGAUGUAACAGCACGCGCAGCGAAGCGUUGCCAGCCUGGCGGGUCGUCGCAGGGAUGAUUGGCAUGCCCUCGGUCGUGCGCUUGAGAGCAAAUUCUUGUCGCAGCAUAUAAGUACUAGAAGUAGUGGCACCUGAUGUGUGUAUUGUCUCGCUUCUGAUCUGCUCGUCGCAUCUCUUGGCCCUUACUUUGGGUAGCCGUCCGUCUCCGUUGCUGUCGCCCUCUCGUGGCCCUCUGUCCUCCUGCGACCUCAAAGCGUUGCCAGUCACCUCGGCGUGCCCUCGACUCCGCGACCCCGGCGCUGUCGUCCAACAUGGCUCUUUCAAGGCUCUUUGGGGAUGGGGCGGCGUCCGACACCACGGCCAAGGGCUCCGACGCCCAAGCCCACGUCGACGAAUUCGCCUCCAAGCACGACCAUCUUGACCGCGAUCAGCUUGCGCGACUCGGCAAGAAGCAGGUCCUGAGACGCACAUUUGGCUUCUUCUCCAUCGUCGGCCUCAGCUGCACCGUCCUCAUCACGUGGGAGGGAUCUCUCAUCUUGUUCCAGCAGGGCUUGAUGAAUGGUGGUCCGGCCGGCGUCAUCUACAGUUACCUCUUCGUCUGGCUCGGCAACCUCAGCGUCUUCUCUACCCUCUCCGAGCUAGCCUCUAUGGCUCCGACGUCUGGUGGCCAGUACCAUUGGGUCGCCAUGCUUGCCCCCCGGUCCUGCUCCAAGGUUCUCAGCUAUGUGACGGGUUGGCUGGCGGUCGGUGGAUGGCAAGGCACAGUGGCCACUGCCAGCUAUCUCUCUGGCAGCAUGAUCCAGGCGCUCAUCAUCAUGACUGUCUCCUCGUACGAACCUCAACCUUACCAAGGGACUCUUCUCUCCUGGGCCGUCGCCGCCUUCUGCGUCUUCAUCAAUGUCUUGGCUAGCGUCUGGCUGCCUCGCUUCGAGAGCCUCAUCCUCGUCCUCCACAUUGCCGCUUUCUUUGCCAUCCUGAUCCCCGUGGUCGCCCUUGGGCCGCAUAGCGAUGCCCGCACCGUCUUCGCCACAUUCCAGAACGGCGGCGGCUGGCCGACUCAAGGAUUGUCCUUCUUCGUUGGCAUGAUAGGGCAAGUGUUUGCCUUUGUCGGCGUCGAUGCUGCGUUUCACCUGUCCGAAGAGGUCCACAACGCCGCCGUCGUUGUGCCCCAGUCCAUCAUCUUGAGCAUGUUGAUCAACGGCACGCUGGGGUUCGCCAUGAACAUUGCCGUCCUGUUUUGCAUGGGCAAUUUGGACGACGCGUUGAACUCCAAACUGCCCUUUGCCUUUAUGGAAAUCUUCUUGCAGGCCACUCGCUCAGUCGCCGGGGCGGCUACCAUGUCAGCCCUGGUGCUGGUCCUGGCCAUCUCGGCCACCGUUGGCAUCUACGCGUCGACGUCUCGCGUAUUCUGGUCCUUUGCCCGCGACAGAGGUCUCCCGUUCUGGAAACCUCUUUCCAAGAUCGACCCUCGGACGGCCGUGCCACGUAGGGCGGUCCUCGUCACUGCCACCAUAUCUUGUCUACUGGGACUCAUCAACAUUGGAUCCUCAACAGCGUUCAACGACGUAGUGUCGCUGUCGGUCUCGGGUCUCUACGCAUCCUAUCUCAUCGCGACGAUUCUGCUCCUCUACCGCCGGUGCACCAGCGGGUUUUCACUGCCCGAUGCCGCGACCCCCCUACCCGCCCUUGCCAACACGGCGGGCGCAGAGCUGGUCUGGGGAAAUUGGCACGUUCCCGGGGCAUUGGGCAUCAUCAACAACGGAGUGGCAUGCGUAUACCUAACCAUUGUACUGUUCUUCAGCCUGUGGCCUCCGGCGACCCCAGUCAGCGCCGCGACAAUGAACUACAGCGUCCUGGUCACAGGCGCGGUCGCCAUCUUCAGCGCCGUGUACUACGUCGUCUGGGCGAGGAAGGUGUAUAGGGGUCCCGUUGUGGAGACCUGACGGAAUGGAGGUAUCCAUGCUUCUGUCGUAGACUAUCAUAGCGAGCUUCCCUGGCGCUUUCCAGGGUCUCUAAUCAAGUUGUCAUUAGUUCUUCA